GACGACAGAACUUCACUACAUGCAGUUGCGGGAUCUCUGGAUGCACCUUUGGGUCAGGGGCUGUUGCUCCCGCGCUGUUCGCUGCGAGAAUAAGUUGCGAUUCCAGACACAGGCAAUGCCAUAGUCGCCGUCAAAGUAGCGAACCAUGUCCCGCAGCCUUUUUUACACUCUCUUUUACACUUUCCUCCUGUCUGAACAUUACUUUGUAGGUAGUUACUGGGCCAUCCGUGGUGUGACGUCUCUGUUUGGCGAGACGCGUGGCACAAACUGUGUCACCCAUGGGCUCUCCGAAUGCUGUGUCCCGAGUACGGUCCGUUCAAAAAGCUCAUUGAGGCUUGAGAUGCCCGCAGCAAUAGCGUGUGCCGAUCCUUCUCUCACAGAGCAGCUUCACAUUGACAAGUAUCGAGUGGAAAAGUGCGAGCCCAAUUCCGCGCCAGCUUCGUCCAUCUAAUAUAUAACACAGUAAAGGAAUCCAGAGUUUUGCCAAACGUCCAUACCAUUCCUC